GCAUUUUCCAAUGUCUCUUCUCUGACCCUCUUUGACCUUCUUCUUCUCUUUCUCAUUACUCUCCUUCUCAAUGAAAGAUCCGAAAACAGAAGAGAUAUAUAUAUAAAAAAAAACACUCUAUAUAUAGUUCUAGCCUUUAUAGCCGAUCCCAAAACUUUAUCCUCUGCAUUUACUUCUCCUCCUACUUACCACAUCAAACCCAAACACACAUACUUAGACGCGUAUACAGAACAGAGAUACAGAGAUAGUCCCCAUGCACCGUUCUUAUAACCAAUCGUCUUACUUCAUCCAAAACCAAACAGUUGUCUUAAAUUCUCUAUGUUUCCAACAUUAGUCGUCUCACUACCACAAGAACUCGAAGAAGCUUCUUUCAUUCACUAUUACUCUCACAGAUCUCUUGUUUCUUGAAGAAGAAGAAGAAGAAAAAAAAUGCAGCAAAACUCUGUUCUUCUUGCUCUGUUUUUCCUCUGUUUCUCAUCCGGGUUGGGUUCGGGUCAACCGGGUCAAAGAGACGAUCUUCAAACUCUUCUCGAACUGAAGAACUCUUUUAUCACAAACCCAAAAGAAGAAGACGUUCUCCGAGAUUGGAAUUCCGGUAGUCCCAGUUACUGCAACUGGACCGGCGUCACAUGCGGUGGUCGUGAAAUCAUCGGUUUAAAUCUCUCCGGUUUAGGUUUAACCGGUUCAAUUUCUCCUUCGAUCGGCCGGUUUAACAACCUAAUCCACAUCGAUUUGUCUUCGAACCGUCUUGUCGGUCCCAUCCCAACGACUCUCUCUAACCUCUCCUCUUCAUUGGAAUCGUUGCAUCUCUUCUCUAACCUACUCAGUGGCGAUAUACCGAGUCAACUCGGCUCACUUGUGAAUCUCAAAUCGUUAAAACUCGGAGACAACGAACUCAACGGAACAAUCCCGGAGACGUUUGGGAACCUCGUCAACCUCCAGAUGCUUGCUUUGGCUUCGUGUAGACUCACCGGUCUUAUACCGAGUCGAUUCGGUAGACUCGUUCAGCUCCAGACUUUGAUACUACAAGACAACGAACUCGAAGGACCGAUUCCGGCGGAAAUCGGAAACUGCACCAGCCUCGCUUUGUUUGCCGCGGCGUUUAAUCGUCUCAACGGUUCGUUACCGGCGGAGCUGAAUCGACUUAAGAACCUCCAGACGCUGAAUUUGGGAGAUAACAGUUUCUCCGGUGAGAUACCGAGUCAACUCGGUGAUUUGGUUAGUAUCCAAUACCUUAAUUUGAUUGGUAAUCAGUUACAGGGUUUGAUUCCAAAGAGAUUAACAGAAUUAGCGAAUCUUCAAACACUUGAUUUGUCUUCUAAUAAUCUCACCGGAGUGAUACACGAAGAGUUCUGGAGAAUGAAUCAGCUUGAGUUCUUGGUAUUAGCGAAAAAUCGUCUCUCUGGUUCGUUACCAAAGACUAUAUGUUCUAACAACACAAGCUUGAAGCAACUGUUUCUGUCUGAAACUCAGCUUUCCGGCGAAAUUCCAGCGGAAAUCAGCAACUGUCAGUCAUUAAAAUUGCUUGAUUUGUCGAACAAUACGCUUACAGGUCAAAUCCCGGAUUCGUUGUUUCAGCUCGUCGAACUCACGAAUCUUUAUCUUAACAACAAUAGCUUGGAGGGUACGUUAUCUUCAUCAAUAUCAAACCUCACGAAUCUACAAGAGUUUACUCUCUAUCACAAUAACUUGGAAGGCAAGGUACCUAAAGAAAUCGGAUUUCUUGGUAAAUUGGAGAUUAUGUAUCUGUAUGAGAAUCGGUUUUCGGGUGAAAUGCCGGUUGAGAUUGGGAAUUGCACGAGACUGCAGGAGAUUGAUUGGUACGGGAAUCGUUUAAGUGGAGAGAUUCCUUCUUCAAUUGGAAGAUUGAAAGAUCUUACUCGUCUUCACUUGAGAGAGAACGAGCUUGUAGGUAACAUUCCCGCCAGUUUAGGUAACUGUCAUCAAAUGACGGUUAUCGAUUUAGCGGAUAACCAGCUCUCGGGUUCAAUUCCUUCCUCGUUCGGGUUCUUAACGGCAUUAGAACUGUUUAUGAUCUACAACAAUUCUCUUCAAGGAAAUCUUCCGGAUUCACUUAUCAACCUCAAGAACCUCACAAGAAUCAAUUUUUCAAGCAACAAGUUCAAUGGUUCGAUAAGUCCAUUGUGCGGUUCAAGCUCGUAUCUCUCGUUUGAUGUCACGGAAAACGGAUUUGAGGGAGAUAUACCUCUUGAGCUAGGUAAGUCUACGAAUCUUGAUCGGUUAAGGCUGGGGAAGAAUCAGUUCACAGGAAGAAUCCCUCGGACAUUUGGGAAGAUCAGUGAGCUUUCUUUAUUGGAUAUUUCAAGAAACUCUCUCUCAGGAAUCAUACCGGUGGAGCUCGGUUUGUGCAAGAAGCUGACACACAUUGAUCUCAACAAUAACUAUCUUUCAGGGGUGAUACCUACAUGGCUUGGAAAGCUUCCAUUGUUGGGAGAGCUAAAGCUUUCUUCUAAUAAGUUUGUUGGGUCUCUCCCUACUGAGAUUUUCAGCUUAACCAAUAUUCUUACGCUAUUUCUUGAUGGUAACUCACUCAACGGCUCGAUCCCGCAAGAGAUUGGUAACUUGCAAGCUCUCAAUGCGUUGAACCUCGAAGAGAAUCAGCUUUCAGGUCCUCUGCCUUCUACAAUAGGGAAACUGAGCAAGCUUUUCGAGCUUCGGUUAUCGAGAAACGCUUUAACCGGAGAGAUUCCUGUUGAGAUUGGACAGCUGCAAGAUCUUCAAAGUGCUUUAGAUCUCAGCUACAACAACUUUACCGGACGUAUACCGUCUACGAUUUCGACGUUACCUAAGCUUGAAUCUCUUGAUCUGUCUCACAAUCAGCUUGUAGGAGAAGUUCCUGGCCAAAUCGGUGACAUGAAAAGCUUGGGAUAUCUUAACCUCUCUUACAACAACCUUGAGGGAAAGUUAAAGAAACAGUUCUCUAGAUGGCAAGCUGAUGCGUUUGUAGGCAAUGCAGGUCUUUGUGGAAGCCCUCUUAGUCAUUGCAACAGAGCUGGAUCAAAGAAUCAACGAAGUCUUAGUCCGAAAACAGUGGUUAUAAUCUCUGCGAUUUCAUCAUUAGCAGCGAUUGCUUUGAUGGUACUUGUUAUCAUCCUCUUCUUCAAGCAAAACCAUGAUCUUUUCAAGAAAGUGCGAGGCGGAAACAGCGCAUUUUCAUCGAACUCUUCUUCUUCACAAGCUCCUCUAUUUAGUAAUGGAGGUGCAAAGUCAGAUAUAAAGUGGGAUGACAUAAUGGAAGCUACACAUUACCUUAACGAAGAGUUCAUGAUUGGAUCAGGAGGGUCAGGAAAAGUUUACAAAGCGGAGUUAAAGAACGGCGAGACGAUAGCUGUGAAGAAGAUUCUUUGGAAAGAUGAUUUGAUGUCAAACAAGAGCUUUAACAGAGAAGUUAAGACACUUGGAACAAUCAGACAUAGACAUUUGGUUAAGCUAAUGGGUUAUUGUAGCAGUAAAGCAGAUGGUUUGAAUCUGUUGAUCUACGAGUAUAUGGCGAAUGGAAGCGUUUGGGAUUGGCUUCAUGCCAACGAGAAUACGAAGAAAAAGGAGGUUCUUGGUUGGGAAACAAGAUUGAAAAUAGCACUUGGGUUGGCUCAAGGAGUGGAGUAUCUUCAUUAUGACUGUGUUCCUCCGAUUGUUCAUCGCGAUAUUAAGUCUAGUAAUGUGCUUCUUGAUUCCAACAUAGAAGCACAUUUAGGAGAUUUCGGACUCGCCAAGAUCCUAACCGGGAAUUAUGACACCAACACAGAAUCAAACACUAUGUUUGCAGGCUCUUAUGGCUACAUCGCGCCAGAGUAUGCGUACUCGUUGAAGGCGACUGAGAAGAGCGAUGUUUACAGUAUGGGGAUAGUGUUGAUGGAGAUUGUGACUGGUAAAAUGCCAACCGAAGCAAUGUUUGAUGAAGAGACGGAUAUGGUGAGAUGGGUAGAGACAGUUCUUGAUACACCUCCGGGUUCUGAAGCAAGAGAGAAGCUGAUUGAUUCAGAGCUUAAAUCGCUGUUACCUUGCGAAGAAGAAGCAGCUUAUCAGGUUCUUGAAAUAGCACUUCAGUGCACAAAAAGUUAUCCUCAAGAGAGACCUUCUUCAAGACAAGCUAGUGAAUAUCUUCUUAAUGUCUUCAACAAUAGAGCUGCCAGUUACAGGGAGAUGCAAACUGAUACCGAUAAAUGAUUUUCGAGACGUGAAGCUAAGUAAACUCGGAAUAUAUCUUUUUUUUGAAAACUCUGUUUUGGUUGAGUAGAUUGAUGCAUUAUUUGCGUAGUAUCAUUUUGUGAUAAAUAACGUAAUCAAGUAUGUAUUGCUUUCUUAUGAUUCUUGAGACUAUUAACAAAGAAAAAACUACUAUUGCUUAAUUU